UGGAUCGGCGGGUUUUGCACAUUUCGAGUCUACACAUUUGGAUUUCACAAGACAGGGGGACACAUUCAUCGCUAUCUACGAAUAAAACACUAAAUAAACAUAUUAUUGUGAUAAAAUAUAAGUUUUUUUUCUACUUUUUUGGGGACUUAAAAGUAAUGGAUCCACGUAAACUGUUCCUGUCAAAUCCACGAAGGGAAGGCGUGUGAUUAGCCGGAGUCAUGAGGCAGGGCUGCUCAGGGUGGUUUUAAUCGUCAAACCAUCGGAGGCUCUUUUCUCUGAAGUGGAAAAAACUUUUUCCUGCUCAGCCACGCUACAGACUGGUAUGCAUAAAUGUAGCUACUACUACUGUAAUAAACUGUCGCAGAAGGAUACAACUGAUUUCGUCAGUGGAUUUAUUUUGGCAAGCUGAACAGAGUGCGACAGAGUUAAGAAAAAGGAGGAUCCUUACAGUGCAAUUGAAGACUAUAUAUAUAUAUUGGAUUUCUUAAAACAAAAAAAUAAACCACGAUUAUAUAUGCUUGUACUACAAGUUGUUUAUUCAAAUAAAAGUAUUACAGUAUGUCUGUCUGUUUAAGACAUCUACAAAAAUAUAACUGGUGUUUUGGCAACUUAAGGGUAUUUCUUCUCUUCAAAGUGCCAUUUCACAGAAAAUAAUAAUGACUCACUUUUGAAUAUUGGGUCUGUACUGUAUAUUUUGAGUUGGAUACAGAAGUGGAUACAUGUGUGUCUUAUUCCCUGCUUCUGGAGUUUUAAAAGCAGUGGAAAUGUUUUUUCGUCGGCUCCUGUUGUGUCGUCGUAGUUGCUGUUGUUCACGUCCCGUGCUACUUUUAGGGGUAGCAAUCUGUCUUUUCUAUCAAACCCUAAUGAUAGCAAGGGGACGUUUUAAAUCGACUAUGGCUAACAGUAACGGGUCAGCGGAGACACCAGAGGGCCGACUGAACGAAAUAUUCCCAAGGAACCAACCGAGUCUAUUUGCUUUGCUGGAUGGUUUAAAGAACGUAACAGACGUUGAAUAUUUUCACAGUACGCAGGCUGGAGUCCUGAAGAAAGCAGUUCUGUUACCUGGGCAGCACCCGGCGAGUGAAACAGAGAUCCAGCUCUAUCGGCGUGUCUUUGCACAGCACGGGUAUUUGGUCAGUGUGUCAAGAUUUGCUGAGAAGAGCCACAUCUUCAAACAAGAAACCAAUGAGCAAAAUAACGUGGUUACCUGGGAUAUCCUGAUUUGCUUACACAGUUCUGAAAGAAACUGUCCUAAAAGCGAAGACUUUGACAAACUAAAGCCUCAUCAGAAGGUAAACACCAUUCCUUGGAUUAAACAAGCAUUCUUUAGUAAUGAGGGUGUAUGUCGCCUUCUUGACAGAUUGGCAGAGCUGCAGAUUCCAGUUGCUUCCUCUGUUUGUGGGGUUCACAGAGUUCAGCCAACAGAUACCAGCCGGACAGCCAGGGCUGGGAGGUUCCAGACAAAUGCUCCUCUGAGACCUAUAAUGGGACACAGUGUUUUUGCCAUUGUCAAAGUGUAUGUGCUCGUUACAUCUGUAACACCUCUGACAGCGUUCUUUCAUUCAACUGGACUGGUUAAGAGAGGCCUUGUUAAAAACAGCUAUGCAACAAAGCUGCAUAUGUUUUUUGAGAAAUACCUUGGAACAGAAGCCUCACUGCAGGCUUUGGAAAAUGUGAAGGAGACCUUAGGCAAGCUGUUAAUGGCAGCAGAUAUAUCGAGUGAAAUGUCAACCACGGGACCAAAGACAUUGAAGAGAUGUAGAUUAUGUUUUCAGCUGCUGACUUUCACCCUUGGGUUUAAUUCUUCCUUAGUCCCCACAUUUCUUAAGGUACAGGAUGAAUUGGACUUUGAAGACCUAGAAGACCCAGGAUUUGAUGGUCAAAUUACAAAAGAAUGUAUCCUUGAAGAUACAUUAAACUUUGUAUUACCCAGCUACAGUGACAUUGACAGACUACAUGAAGCCUUCCAAAAGAGGAGCACAGAAUUAGGGGGGAAGGAUGAAGGAUGCAUCCAAAUUCAAGGCCUGUGUCUUACUUCUGAGGACUUUGAGUUAAUUAUUCAGUUUCUAAGGAAACUGAAAAGCCCAGGAGCUUUUGAAUUGCUUUAUCCGUCUGCUUCUCCCAAACUCCGAAGACUGCUGAAGGAUAUUUCCAAGAGAUUUCACCAAAAAGGAGAAACUUCUGUCAUUCAAAUGAAUGUCUUCUUCACAGAGUUACUACAAACACUCUACCCAGUCAUCUUGCAAAGCAGUAUUAUAAACUAUUUGUGGACCACAGACCCUGAUAAUCUCAGGAAAGUGCCAUUUGGUGUUUUUGAAAAGACCAAACAACAACUUGAGAAGUGUACGCUCCCCCACAUCAGACAGAUGUACACCGACCCCCCACUGGAGCUAACACCACAGUUUAGUCCCAAGAUUAAAGAUUACUACUCCGAAGUGCCUUUCGAUGUGGUGACAGUGAAGAUAAGAGCAGAGCCUGUUGACUGUCGCUGCCAGGUGCACCUGGAUGAUAGAAAGGGACCCAGAAUGGCUAAUUACCCAGUUGGCCUUGGCAGCAGCAGAAUCAAUAUCCUGGUGGUGGACGAAUCUCAGCCAGAGCCUGUUGUCAUGACAAUCUAUACCCUCAACAUUUACAGAGAAAACAGGCCCAGUCUGCCCAUAUUUGACGAAUAUAUGAUGUGUGGAUUUCUACAGGACUGCGGUUUGGUAAUUCAGCCUGAGGAGCCUUGUGGCUUGGAGUCUCUCCCCAGCAGCUACCUCUCUCUGGGUUCCCAGGGUCAGGUACAGGCCUGCAACUCUGGAGAUGCCAAAGGCCGUUGGAUUGUUCCAUGUCUGAGCUGCGCUGAUAACAGAACCUGUGAUUGGAGAGAGGUAUCUUGGCAACCAGAAAACUGUUACCAUCCUGUGUUAAACAGGUCUCAGCUCCAAACAUGCAUGGAAGGAAAAAAGGUUAUUUUUAUCGGUGAUUCAACAAACAGAGGGAUGAUGUACUACCUCAUGGAACGUGUGAAUGAGACUCUUGAGGAAUGGGACAAGGCUCAUGACACUAAACUCUAUCACAAUGUCAAUGGUGAAAACACUUUCCUCAGCUAUUCCUAUUACCCUCAGUUCUGGCUCAGCAAAGACCAAAGACCAACAUUUGAAAAGGCUUUAGAGCAGCUUAUACAAAGAUCCCGACCUCUAGAAAACACAGACCAGACCGUGCUUGUUGUAGGAGGUGUUCAGUGGCUUAAUACCAAUCACCUGCAAAUUAUACAGAAGGUCCUGAAAAGAGAGAAUCUUUCAAGCAUCCUUGUUGUGAUGAAGUCAUUAGGAAUGGGAUUUCAUUUCCCAGCAGAUGGGGUCCGAUCUCUUUCUCUGAAUGGUGUUAAGGAUCUUUUUAGUGAAAAUUCCCAAAUCCUCAUUGCUGCAAAGAAGUGUGGCUAUGAAGUCAUUGAUACCUUCAGUAUUACAAUGGGUCGCUACAAGGAGUUCCUUCAGGGGAGAUGUGCCUGCCACUUUCACGAGGUAGGGAAGCUUACAUUUUCUAAACCGACUAUUCACAGAAAAAUGAAGCUCUCCAGACACUCUGGGAAAGGUUUCAGCAGGAACAGCAAGCUACCAGGACUGCAAGACUUUUUGUCCAUUUCUAACUCGCCUUAUCAUGUCAAAGGUCCAAUAAAUCAAGUUUAUUCUGAAAUCCUUCUCAGCAGGAUCUGCAUGAAUAAAAGGAGACAUACAAGCACAUAACCCCAGUAAGAUAAAGUCUACUGCAAAGACUAAGACUCCCUGCUUCCCUCGAGAUCAGUCCAAGAACCACAUUGACUCUGUUCCAUUCGACUGUGAUUGGCUGCAAGCAGCACAACCAAAGACAUGUGACACAUUUUUGGGCUUUAUGAGAUCAAGAUGUGCCCCUCUAGAUCUGUGGUUUCAGAAUGGCAAAUGGAGAGAGAGAGACAGAAAACCAAUGUGACUUGAUGUCUUGCCAAAACUGAAUAAAACAGCUGCAGACAAAGCAAAAUAUUUCACACAAAGUGAUGCAGACAGUGAUAGAUUUGAUGACCCAUAUCAAGCUGCUAUGGAGAUACUUUUUUUAGGUGGUUAUAAAAAAAUGGGGGAGUUGUAUUUUUUAUUGAGCCCCAUGAAUUAUUUGAUAUACCCUGUAAAGUAGUUAUGGGUUUUUAUGACUUUUAAGGACCGUUACAGCUUUCAGUAAUCUGGGUGAUGACAUUCUGCUAAACUAAUCUAUUGAUUGUUUAAAAGGUGCAGCAAAAGAGAUAACGUUUCUGCUAAUGUUUCUAUACUGUACCUCACUGAGUUUAUACAUUUUCCUUCUAAUUUCAAGCCAAAUUCUUAUGCCAAAAGCAUAACGUAUUUUUUAAUCCACCAUCUUAUUUGGUAAGUGUGCAACAGAAGUGUUAUAUUUUUAUACAGAUUUUCUUGAGAUCAGAUAUUUCAAAGCGCAUAUUUUUCGGGCCAUUGAAGUAUGUAUUUUGUAUGUUGUGUAAUUUAAUUUUUGGUAAUAUGAUAAAUGCAUUUAAUGCCAAGGUUUUGUAAGAGUUCUAUGCUUCUUGCAAGUUAGAUAAGAAACUAGACCAACUGAAAGGUUGCUGAUAAGCUAAAGACCAUUUGGUAAACUUCAAGUAUGUGCCCUGUUUUUAGAUUUGUGACAUUAUAUAGAGGAAUUGUUGUUGAAUUUAGAAUUUAAAAUCAUCAUUCUAUUUUUUUAAUUAAGUAUUUCUGAUACAUUGUAACUAGAAUUAAGAUUCAUAUCUGAAGUAAUAAUAUGCAUCACAUUCUUGCAUUGAAACAGACUUGAAAAGCCUUCACUUCUAAAUUUGAAGUUUGUCACCCAGUAGCACUUGUUCAAUAUUGUAUUUUUAUAUUGCUACACAUUGAGAAAAUGAAUGUGCUGUAUGAAAUACAUUUUGUCUAUUCUCUAGGAUCUGCACUCAGAAGUAAUUGUUUUGAAAUGAAAUACUUUAUAAGUAGUUAAACAUUUAUCUUCUAAAUACACUCAAAGUCAAAACAGUGUGGUCUAUUCAAUUGAUCUAUAGUACAGUGGUGGAUCUAAUUGCCAUUGUCAUUAAAGUUACAUAUUUUUAGAGACAGAAAUAGACUAAAUACACUUAUAAGCACUGUUAGAUGUUUAAUUUCCUGUUGCUUAGUUCAAUUGAAUAUACUCCUCUGAAUCUGUUUAAGGAUAAUACAGUUUGUGAUUUAAAAAAGUGUAACAAACUGUGCUGUUCUGCCUCACAGAUUCAACACAUGUAUUUUCUUUGAUCACACACUCAGGGACACGUUUAAGCUUUUUCACCUUUUAAAAGUUUGCUCUAGUUUUUUUGGGGGGAAAAAAGUGUUAUAAAAUACUGUUAACUUUCCAAAACUUGCAUGAUACAAAUUGAAAACACCCAGGCUUUCUAGUUUUUAUUUCACUUUGCACUUGACAAAGUCUAGCUCUAGCAAAUGCAUUGUAUAACCGGUUCAGUAAUACUGUUCCUUUUCUUUCUGAAGCAUUAUAUAGCCUAGCUUUAAACCAUCUUUUUAAGUCAUGCUGGUGCAAUAUUAUAUUAAAUUUCUGAAUGCAUUUGAAUUAAAUAAAUGUGUUUAAGAACUGC